AUGGAAACUACCGCAACGAUUUCUACUCUCUCUCCGAGAAUCUCUUCAUCAUUCAAUUUCGAGUACACAGAUAUUCGUGGACGGUACUCUUCGAAUGAUCACCGAAGUACAGCAUCGAUGAUCAAUUAUUAUAGCUGCAACAAUUCAAUCCUUAAUCAUCAAAUUAUUCAUCAGCUUAUAAUUCAGCUUAAAACUAGCAAUGUCGAAAAUUUCCGAGAUUUCCUGAAACUUUUCCCGCCCGUAAAACAAUUAAUCCGGAUGAUACCAAGCACUUUACCUCUUCUGGAUAUUAUCAUUACAAAAAGUUUAAAGUUUCACAAAACUAACAGCAGCAAAGGUGCGCUGCACUACAACGAGUUAUUCAAUAAUUUGUUGUGGUGGAUCGCAUAUAAUGAACAAAAGAAUGUCCCACAAGUUAGAAUCUCAAAGGUGGAAAUUACCAGAGUCACUCAAUCGAGAAGCAAUCUCUCUUCGACAACUUAUGAGGACUGGGAAAAACACAUCCGAUCGAUUUUGGCAGCAAUUAAGAUCGAUAGUCCAUCUAUUUUGGAAGCAGCUCGAGAUGUCGAACUUUGUUUAGCUGAUAGUUUAGAAGCUCUGGGAUGUCACGGUCUCAUCAAUUGCUCCGAGGGACUCAUUCGAUUGCUGGAUGCGAUAUGUCUCGAGGUGUCAAACCACCAGAAAAGGCUGAAACAGGUCGCAAAACAACUCCGCAAUCUGAAGAUUGAUAAAAGCGAGUUCGAAGCAUCCAGUGCUGCAAGUCAUCAUCGUCACGUGAAUUUGCACUUGUCACAGGUGUAUCUCCGAAUAAGCAACAAUAACAGAAUCAAGAAUUUCCUUAUCGAAUCUCUCAUCAAUCCGAACUUAAGCAGCUUAUUGCGCAUUGUUUGUCGAAGAGUAAUUUGUGAUCAAACGCUGAUCAAAUUGUACAAAGUGCUGGUGAACUCGGCUCCAUCCGAUUAUGCUAUUUCGGAAACGGAUCCGAUAGUAGCUGAUGUGAUAGCAACAUUCAACAUGGCAUAUCAUAGGCUUUUAAGCUUAAGCUCAAUGAAUCAUUAUCAGUUCAAUGAAUGUCCAAAUAGCAACAAAUACAUCAGUGAAACGAGUCACGAAGAGGAUUUAGCACAAUAUCGCUUGCUUCUGUCCACUUCAGACACUGACACCGAAACAGAUCCUUCGUGCUCUGACUUAGCCUCGUCCAACUCACAAAUUGCUAUUGCAUCAUCCUUUGGAAAAGGUAUUCAACGAAACAAUCGGAAAAGAAGUGGUCGAAUGAAGAAAGGUUAUUCAACAAAGAUUCAUCCUCGGAAUAAUUCAACAUCAACGGGAAACAACGGUGUUUCACGCCAUCACUCGUUGAUUGAUCUCCGCUACAGCAGCUGCAGCUGCAACAAUCGCUGUAUUGCGCGCAGCGGAAUGCGAUCUGCAAGAAGUAUGAAUAGUUUGAAACACAACGAUUCUACUGCGCAAUCACAUCAUCAUUAUCAGAUGCUCGUGGAUCAAUGUUCGCUUGCUAAAGAUGAUGCGAAAAUAGAGCGAUUGUACAGUGAAUGCUAUGAGACCAAAAGCCAAGUUCAAUUAAUGGCUGAGCAAGAAAAUGAAAGAGCAAUUGAUCGAUUCUCAAAAAAGGAACAUUCGUUUGGUGUUGCGAAAAACAAAGACAAAAAUAGCUGUCGUGCUACAUGCGAGGAAACAUUAGAACUGGUCAAGAAAUUUAGAAAUCUGUACUACAAGGACGGAAAGGAAAUCCUGAAAAUACUGGAGGGAUUGCCAGAGUUCCGCGGUUCCAAGGAUUUACAGCAUAAAAUACUUAUGUUAACCGUUGUGCUCUCUUAUCGCUCAGUGCAGCAAAAUGUGGAACGACGACGUCGAAUGAUUUUUAAAAUUCUCGGCGAUCUACCAUCUGAGAACGAAGAGAGUGAGAAUCUUGAAGAUGCAAUUUACAAAUACAUGAGUCGAAAAGCUGUCGACGACCAUGGAAAAAAUAGCAUCACCAAGCAAAUAAUGUCACAGAUCCGAAAUGCAUUGUGUAACUUUCCAUCUUUGAGAAGUUGCACCUUUUUCAAUAAAUUUAUUUUGGACUGCGUGACAACAACAUGGAGUCUUGUGGUUGGAUUGAACGGAAAGCCGCCAAGGAUGUAUAUCGAAUAUCAGGGUCGACGGUUCGACGCCAACAGACAUCAGCGACACAUCGUCUCCUCCAACAUUCGAAGCAGCACAGUUCGACAAUACCUGUGGCCUGCCAUUGUUGACAAAAGCACCGGCACGUGUGUGCACAAAGCUGUUGUAAUCACUUAG